AUGGCAGAUAUUAGACGGGGCGAAGAUGACGGUAGCUCAAAAUUCACAUUUACCUCCAAAGAUCUCAGCAAGGUUGACAUUACCGUUUUCGUCCCAGAUCUGGAUGAAUACCCGAAAGCGCACAAAUACCUCAUCUAUGUUACCAGCGAGGACGUGCCCGAGAAUUUUACUUCCUCUCUAGAAAGGGUACAGGACGCCUGCUCCGGACACAACCUUCCUCAUUUACUGGGGAGGAUCGUGGGAGCGCUGACCCUCAGCCCGGAUCCCACGGAUGAAAGCUCGGACGAUGAGGAUGAGGAUACGGAACUGGAAUCCGACCUGGACUGGGAGGCAGAUAUACCGGAUGGUGCUGUCCGUGAUCUCCCUGGUGAUUGUAGGAGUUCCGCACCCAAAAACUGGGAAGAGGGUGCCCCGACGAAGACUUUCACUCGAAAGUUGAAACUCCAGUUGAAGGAGGACCUCCGCCACGUUUGCGAAGCAGGAUUCAGAGUCGGUGUGUUUGGGGAUUUCAAAGGGGAAGUGUUCUACAUCACCAUUAGCAUUCGGAUAUCAAAGUUGGGAAUCUCAGAUGAAGCCCUCGCAGCAUGGUUACUCGAUAAAGAUAAAUACUUUAUUGUCAUCAUCCACUACACGAAUCUUUACAAGACUCUUGAGUGGCUUCUGCAGCCGGAGAAUCGAAGUCGGGUCAGGCGGGAGAUGCAAAUGUGGGCCGGGCUGUCGACGAGUUAUAAACCCAGUUUGUACGAAUGCAUUCAGGUGUUCACCAAGGUUAAAGAUCGCGGCUCUGCUGGCCUUGAUGGAGUGAAGGGAGGGGAGGUGGGGGGGCUACAUUCGUUCUUCAUGAGCAACGCGAUCACGGAGUUGUUAAACUUGAGACUCGUCCCCCUAAUCAAGUAUCGACUCCAGGGGGACCUAGGCUGGGAAGGUGCAGAAGCACUAUUCAAAGAUAUCGAGGCUUUCCCCACCGCCCCACCCAUGGAAUACCAAAAGUACCGCGAUCUGCAAUCAGAGCCCAAAACCGCUCUAAACCCGAUCGUAGCGGCGGAUGCUCUCUCGAAGCAGCAGUUCCGUGGUAUAGGACGCUCGUUCCCACUAAUCGCGAUGCAGUACGCUAUCCGACAUCUCGUUCGAUGUACAGAAUUCUGCCUUGUUUGCCACGAUAAGAUCCAGAGCGAUUUCGAGGCCAUGAAGCCGUAUGUCUGCGAUUCUCCGUUGUGCUUGUAUCAGUACAUGUCUUUGGGAUUCGGCCCUAGUAUCGAGAGUGAGAUACUCACUCAACCGACGGUUGUGGAUUUGUUAGUUAGCUUUUGCUAUCGCGCGGCGGAAGCACUGAAGUUACGGACUUUCCCCACCGGGAUGAACAUUCUCGUUCCUUCGGAGUCAAAGCACCAGGCGAGAUACUUCGAACCCGCUAAUCGGGUUGUCUUUUCUACCCCCUUUGGGUCUCCUGGCGUGAAGGUUGGGGAUUGGAUAUACUUUUCCCCGUGUAAAGAUCGAGCGCCUUGCCACCUGAGAGUUGCAGAGGUCUAUUGGCCAGAAGUCCAUGUUGAACGACCAAUCAACGUGCCACAGGAUUCUCGUAAUCAGCUACCGAGCUCUCCGCUGGCAGAUUCAGCUCCUCCCGCUUUUUAUAAUUCCACACAGGGGGAGGGAUUUGCUGGUUCUGUUUGCGUUCACACCAGAGCAUUUGACGAAGUUAAUAUUCGGAUGAAAUGUCUGGCCAUCACUCGAUUGUUGGAUCUGUUACCUUCUGUUGGGGAGAUGAGAGCAUGGCUGAAAUCGAAUUCUUUGUCCGGACUCAAUGCCAGCUUAAGGACUUGGGUUGACAGAAUCUUACCUUCGUCUCUCAACAUCCUGCGCUGGAUCAUUGCUAGUAACCGCAGUUGUAUCGUCCCUGCAGAUCACGAAUUGGGCGCAGAUGGGCUCCCUGUCGCCAUGAGGAAGAAUGACUCCAAAGUUUUGGGAGUAAGCGAUUGCCUACAAUUCAGAUUUGCUAUGGGUGCCCCGGACAAAGAGCAGAGAUUCGUCAAUAGCGUGAAGGAAGCGGGGGACCGGCUAAACCUACAAUAUCCAACUCUUUUCGCUUUCCAUGGAUCUCCAUUGGCAAAUUGGCAUUCGAUCGUCCGUUCUGGGCUUAAUUACGAAUCCAUGGCCCACGGGAGAGCAUUUGGCAACGGCGUGUACCACAGCUUAGACAUGGGAGUUUCACUAGGCUAUUCCACCAACCGUACGAACCACGGGUGGCUGGAGAGCAUCUUGAAUGUCCAGAAUGCCGUUUGUUUAAAUGAGAUUGUCAACGCGCCUAGAGAGUUUGUAUCUUCGUCGCCGCACCUGGUUGUUGAUAAAUUAAAUUGGAUUCAGACGAGAUACCUAUUCGUCAAGGUUGCUAACAUAGAUAUUCAAACACCGACAUCUCCUCUUAGCGAUAACGUGGAGUACCUUCAACAAGACAUUCGGUUUUCACCAAGGGGGAGGGCGGGAAUUGCGUUGCAGAUACCUGCCCUAGGAUCUAAGUCUCAUAUACAGGCUGGAGCACCGAACGCUCGCACAAAAGAUCUGCAAACGUCCCUGCCAAACUCUCCGGAUAGGAGUGUUCUCGAUGAAUUCUCAAUGCUCGAUUCCGCCACUAAUAUUAUAGAUGUUGAAAAUGACGACGCCAGGAGCGACACCACCGAAACUACCGACGUGAUGGCCUACUUCUCGGAUGAGGAGGACGAAAACAUGGAAAACAAGAACACCUCGCCGCACUGCUCCGACACAGGUGUUAUCCUCUUCCAGCCAGACACCCACAACAUCUCAUCAGUCCUACUCCUCCCACCCCCAACCUAUGCAAGCCCCGCCGGGACCCGCCGCCUAACAGCCGACCUACACCACCUCCUCUCCCUGCAGAAGAAAUAUCCCCUGGAGGAACUAGGCUUCUACAUGAACCCAUCCUCAGUUUCAAACGUAUACCAAUGGCACAUUGAACUGCACUCAUUCCCCCCAGAUAUUCCACUAUCUGCAGACCUAGCCGCUAAAAACCUCUCCUCCGUUCUCUUAGAAUUCAGAUUCGGCCCUAACUUCCCCAUGUCACCACCCUUCGUGCGUGUCGUGCGACCCAGGUUCCUGGCCUUUGCCGAGGGCGGUGGUGGUCACGUUACCGCCGGUGGGGCACUGUGCAUGGAGUUAUUGACCAAUUCAGGAUGGUCUGCCGCGAGUAGUAUGGAGAGUGUACUCUUGCAGAUUCGCAUGGCGAUUACGUCGGAGGUUAAACCGGCGAGGCUCGUACCCGGCGUUGUGAGGGAUUAUACGGCGGGCGAGGCGAGGGAUGCGUACGUGAGGGCUUGCCGGGCGCAUGGGUGGAAGGUCCCACAAGACUUUUUAAAGAUGAUUUAG